GGCGUUCCCGUCGGCUUCAUUCCCCAUCUGCGUGAGAACCACAACAACAACACCGCGACGACACAACGAAUGGCAAACAAGUCAGAAUAAAACUCCGGACAGACAGCUGCAGCUAUGGGCAAGUCCCAGUCACACUUGGCCAAGCACAAAGACGAGAGUCAGGACGCGCUGACGACUGCUGGCGAGUACAGAGACAGUCAGACAGAAGAGGAUGGAAAAAAUGGAGAUGUGUCUCAGUUCCCCUAUGUGGAGUUUACUGGGCGAGACAGCGUAACGUGCCCCACAUGUCAGGGCACCGGCAGAAUCCCACGAGGUCAAGAGAAUCAGCUUGUGGCUCUGAUUCCAUACAGCGACCAAAGGCUCAGGCCAAGCAGGACAAAACUGUAUGUCACGAUAUCGGUGGCUCUGUGCCUGCUGCUGUCUGGCCUGGCUGUUUUCUUCCUAUUCCCUCGCUCCAUUGAUGUCUCCUAUGUGGGAGUGAAGUCUGCCUACGUCUCCUAUGACAAGGACAAGAGAAUCGUUUAUCUCAACAUUACAAACACUCUGAACAUCACCAAUAAUAACUACUACGCCAUAUCUGUGACCAACAUCACAGCGCAGGUGCAGUUCUCCAAGACGGUGAUAGGCAAGGCCAAGUUUAACAACAGCACAGUGAUCAUACCACUGGAUGAGCAGCAGAUUGACUACACAGUUCCCACUACUAUUGCUGAUGAGAUGAGUUAUAUGUUUGACUACUGCACUCUGCCAACCAUUAAGGUUCACAACAUAGUAGUCAUGAUGCAGGUGACGGUGACGACAUCAUACUUUGGACACGCGGAGCAGGUCUCCCAGGAGAUGUACCAGUAUGUGGACUGUGGGGGGAAUACCACCUCCUUGCAUGGGCAUGUGCAGGUCUACCAAUAAGGCAAGCAGAAGACGACCCUGAGCAUCAGAUCCUGCUGGUACUGAGGUUCUUACAGAGGUUGACUGGGCUGACUUCCAUGUAGGAAAUCUUUGGUCAGAGACAAUGAAAUAAUGGACAGGGACAUAUCAUUUAUUACAUUAGUCAUAGUGGCUCAUCCAUUUCCAACCACUUUUUUUUCCAUUUCUGGGUUAGAUACGAUGUUCAGAAGAGGUAUUUUGAAAUUAAAACCCUCAAAUGACGGUUGGUUAUUUGUCAAACAGGCUGUCAAAGCAGAUAAACUCACCUGCCGCAGCCAGAAGUUUGCCGGAUUUGCCUCAAGGCUUGCAGUCAUUUUCCACCCUGGUGCCAACAAAACAGACAGGUUACUGGAAAGCUUUCCCUUCGUGUUUACACUGUCACUCUUAAGCACAUAAAUGAUUGGAAGCAAUAGUUUCAUAUAUGACGCACUUUAGCCCAAUCCUAAUCUGCAGAAAGUAAUAAUAAUGUUGUAUGAGUUCAGCGGUAAAUGCUGGAACUGCUGCCAAAUCCUACUAUUCUACACCACUUUAAAAAUACUAACAAAGCUGUGAGAGGUACCUGACUUUUUUUUUUUUUGACAGUGAAAACCAUUUAGCAGGUCCUAACCGCCUCUUUCUGUUUACCUUUCAUUCCUUCCUACUUUAUUUUCUUUCAUAAAAUAUAGUUCUUGAUAUUGUAUAGUGCAAUAUGUAUGACGUAUUAAAUUAUGUGAUUUUUUUCUAUAUUCUAUAUUUUCAGCUUGAGUAAGGGUUAGUAGUAUCAGUCUUUUCCUAUUUCUUUCUCUAUCAUUCACCUGGUUGAUUUAAAGGCAAGUGUCACUACUGUGAAGACAUCAGUAUAUUUUUAAUGAGUAACUAUUUUUGCCAUUUAAGAAUAAAAACAACUUAAAAAGGGAUAAUAUUUUUCAUUUCAUAGCAGAUGGAGCAUUACAGUGGGCUGUUUAACACAGAAGUGUGUAAAUAUAAAAAUGUACUUUCCUUCUGGUUUGCUUCAAAACACAUUAUAUCAAGAAUAAUGUCUGGUCUGGAAGUAACUCUUUCCCUUUAAUGAGGUUGUCCUAUUUUUGUGGGCUAUGGUGUCACUGCUAUAUUAAUCCACUCUGCAUCUUUAACUUGUAUUUUGAGUUGACUGCUGUUCUUAUGUUUUGAAAUUACAACGAAUUCUGUCUGUCACUGUUAUCACAUGGUAUCAUUUUGGAUUGGCUGAUGACAGCCACAGGUUAAACACAAUGUGUAUUCAAAUGCUUUAAUAAUGUUUUACAACUGGACAAAUUGUAUAAAUCACUGAAUGACUUUUGUCUGACAGAAGAUGCUCAUAACGGAUAAACAAAGUUUUUCAAAUUUCCGAGUUCAUUUGUGAUCGCACAGGUAAGAUAUUCUGACAGCUGAUACAGUUUCUAGUCAUUAUAGGAAAGCUGUAACCCUACAUCCAAGCCUUCAUGAUAUGUGAUGACAGUGUACAUGUGAAUACCUUUCUGUUACUGCCUAACAUCUCCACUGUUUUGUGUUUUCGAUGCAUGAAGCUGAAAAUAAAACCACAAUUCACUUUGAA